AUGGAGUCGUUAAUUCCGGUUAUUAAUAAAUUGCAGGACGUAUUUAAUACCGUAGGAACCGAGUCGUUGCAGUUGCCGCAAAUAGUUGUCAUAGGUAGUCAGAGUUCAGGAAAAAGUUCUGUUUUGGAAAACAUCGUAGGCCGAGAUUUCCUUCCACGGGGUCCCGGAAUCGUUACUAGGCGUCCGUUGGUCUUGCAAUUGGUUCAUGUAGGUGAGAACGAUGAUGCAAUUCGAAAGGAGGAAGGCGAUGGCACUUCAAAGGAAUGGGCAAAAUUUCUACAUAACAAACAAGUAAUAUAUACAGAUUUCGACAAGGUCCGUGAGGAAAUAGAGAAAGAAACUACACGAUUGGCUGGCAUUGGGAAGAUGGUGAGUUCAGAGGCCAUCCACUUAAAGGUGUACAGUCCAAACGUACUCAAUUUAACUCUAGUCGACUUGCCCGGCAUCACUAAAGUUCCAGUUGGCGAUCAGCCGGAAGAUAUUGAAAAACAGAUCAACAGUUUAUGUCUUCAUUAUAUCAGCAAUCCAAACUGCAUUAUUCUUGCAGUUACUCCAGCAAACGCAGAUAUGGCUACUAGCGAGUCGCUAAAGCUUGCUAAGGAGGUUGAUCCUGAAGGAAAACGAACCCUCUGCGUGCUCACCAAACUCGACCUAAUGGAUCACGGGACGGAUGCUCACGAUCUCCUACUUAAUCGCGUGAUUCCCGUAAAGCUAGGAAUAAUCGGUGUGGUUAAUCGCUCUCAGGCAGAUAUUAACUCUAAAAAAUCCAUCACCGAUGCUCUUGCUUACGAGGCCUCAUUCUUGCAACGGCGAUAUCCUUCCCUUGCUAGUAGAAACGGAACUGUAUAUCUUGCCAAGACACUUAACCGGGUAGAGUUUAUUGAAGCUGGUGUUCCUUCUGAAACCUUUGAUUUACAUCUGCUGCUUAUGCAUCAUAUCAGAGAUUGCCUACCCGAGUUAAAGACUCGUGUUAACGUGAUGGCAGCCCAGUUCCAGACUCUUCUGAACUCGUUCGGUACUGAGGUGGAGGAUAAGGGACAGUUGUUGCUUCAAAUAAUUACCAAAUUCAACACUGCCUAUUGCAACACUAUCGACGGUGUCUCAAAGGAUAUUGAAACAUCAGAGUUGUGUGGUGGUGCUCGUAUCUGCUAUAUCUUUCACGAAAUCUUCUACAGCACACUGGGACGAAUCGAUCCCAUGGGAGGCCUGACCACCCUGGAUGUGCUCACGGCGAUUAGAAAUUCCACAGGGCCUCGUCCAGCGCUUUUUGUGCCUGAAGUGGCCUUUGAGUUGCUUGUAAAGAGGCAAAUUCGCCGAUUAGAGGAACCCAGUCUUCGUUGUGUGGAACUUGUUCACGAGGAGAUGCAGCGAAUCAUUCAGCACUGCGGGACCCAGCAAGAGAUGUACCGAUUUCCGAACCUACACGAACGGAUUGUUGACGUGGUAACUUCAUUAUUGCGACGUCGCCUCCAACCAACAAACGAAAUGGUUACAAAUUUGGUUGCCAUCGAACUUGCCUACAUCAAUACCCGUCACCCUGAUUUCACGGAGGAACUCAUGGUUCACCGACAGCAAGCUCCUCCUGGUCUCAACAACCUAACCCUGGCUGAAGGUCCUUCGCAGGCGCAACCGGGGAAACGCUCUCAGCAGCAGGCCGUCGCUCGACAUCCGAACCCACCACCCUCGAGGGCACAGCGACCCAAUGACGUCCUGCAGGAGGCCGACUCUUCAGACGCUGCUUCUGCCGCUACACAAGGUUUCCAAAUGCCUCCUGAUAUUCAAACUCAGGUUCAGCAGCAUCAACUUUCUGCCGCAGAAAAGCACGACUGUGAUUUAAUUAGUCAAUUGAUUCGUUCAUACUUUCAAAUCGUUCGCAAGAACAUCCUGGAUUCGGUGCCAAAGGCGAUCAUGAAUUUUCUGGUAAAUUACGUGAAAGACAAUCUCCAGUCAGAACUAGUGAGCAGCCUCUACAAGACCGAUGAGUGCAAUGGACUGUUGAAGGAAAGCGAGCACGUUGCUCAGCGACGCAAGGAGGCAUCGGAGAUGCUUAAGGUCAGGUGGUGUGAAUGGGAUUUCUAUUUUAUCGACUAA